AUGCCUCAACACUACAGAGAAGCCCAGAAUUCAGCACGCGUCGGACAUGAUUCUCACGCACGCUCAUCUCAUCAAGAAGGCAGCUCGCGACGCCGUCGUGACGACAGAUCCCUAUCGCCAGACCGAAGCGGGCGCAGAUACCCAGAGGAUCGCAAGAGAAGAGCGUCACCGUCUGGACGAAGAGAAAGGGAGUCUAAAAGGCAGCGCUCAUCCGAGAGGCAUCGCCAUCAUCACCAGCAUGGCUCAUCGUCGAGUCGCGUCGAGAAGCGCGUGGCUGCGGAAUUGCCCUAUGGGGCGAGGCACCUUUCAAAGGAUGAUUUGAAAGGGUUUGAGCCGCUGUUUGCCGAGUAUUUGGAUUUGCAGAAACAGAAGAAUAUUGAAGAGAUGGAUGAGCGGGAGGUCAGGGGGCGGUGGAAGAGCUUUGUGGGUAAAUGGAAUCGGGGCGAGCUGGCGGAAGGAUGGUAUGAUCCUGAGAUGUUUCAGCGUAUACUUGAGCGUGGUCCGCCGCCGCAGAGGGAGCCGCAACAGCAACAGCAACAGCAACAGCAGCAGCAUCGUCGACAACAAUCAGAUUCAUCUGAUGAAGAGCCGCCUGAAGCAAGGUAUCUGGAUCGCAAUGGUAGCGAGGAUGAGAACGAGGAUGAGGAUAUGGACUAUGGCCCUGUGCUUCCCGGAGCAGCGCCCGGUGAUCGUCGAGCCGGCGCCACAAUCCCAAACAAGCAGGAUCUCACUCUCCGCGACGAACUUGCCGAGGAAUCUCGCGAGGCCGACCGGGAAGACCUCCGCACCGCGCGCAAAGCAGACCGCAAGCUCCAAAAGGAGCGGCUCGAAGAGUUGGUUCCCCGCGCCGAGGCGGGCACUCGCGAGCGCAAGCUGGAGAAGCGCCAGGAGGUCAACGACAAGAUGCGGCAGUUCCGGGACAAGAGCCCUGGAGGGGAGGUGCGCGAUAGCGAGCUGAUGGGAGGAGGCGACAGCUUGGAGGAGUAUAAGCAGGCGAAAGAGAAGGAGCAGAGACGCAAGUCGGAGAGGGAGAUUCGGCGGGAGGAGAUUGAGAGGGCCAAGAGGGAGGAGAUUGAGGAGAAGAGGAGGGCGUGGCAGGAGAGGGAGGAUAAGACGGUGAGUAUGCUGAGGGAGUUGGCCAGACAGCGGUUUGGCUCUUGA